AUGGUUAAGUUCCGGGAAACUGUGACCUUCAAGGAUGUGGCUGUGGUCUUCACUGAGGAAGAGUUGGUGCUAUUGGACAAGGCGCAGAUACACCUGUACCAGGAUGUGAUGCUGGAGAAUUUUAGGAACAUUGUCUCAGUGGGAGACAGGAUUAAAGACAACAUUUCACAUCUUCAGGGAAAAGGGUUGAGUUAUCUCUCGCCAGAAGGGCUCUACCGCUGGCCGAUUUGGAAACAAAGGAUCAGUGAAUUAACUGGGAGUCAGGAGUGUAUCAUGACUGUUCAAGGUAAUUGUCCCCAGUAUUUAGAAGGAGAUGUUUUCCUCUCUGAAGAAUGGGCGGGAGUGUCUCUUCAGAUUUCUGGAAGUGAGAAGUAUGUAAUAAAGGCCAUUAAUUUAGAAAAUCAAGAUGGCACAGCGUGGAAAGACCCGACACAAGUCCUUACACCCGAGUCUUGGAAGGAAGCCCGCAUGACUGAGCGCCAGAAUUCUCAAGGACAAUAUGAGAAAAUUCACGUGGAACAGACACUGUAUGGAUGCGCUCAGGGUGAUGACCACAUCAGUCAGACAUCACGGGGUCAUGGUGAUUCCCAGGAAUGUAAAGAAGAAGAUCCCUGUAGAUACACUGACUGUGGGAAGCACUUGGCAGUGAAGUCAACAGUCCAUAACGUAGUCCCUGUGGUACCACAACCUGUCGAAUGUAAUCACUAUGAGGUGGGACACAUAGAUGUUGCAGACCCUCUUGUCCAUCCCAGCACUCACGUAGGAGAACAGUCUUGUAGAUGGGACCAGUGUGGAAAGGACUUCAGUCAGAGCUCAGAUCUUGCUGUUCAUUAUAAAACUCAUUCAGAGGACAAAGCUUAUGAAUAUCAAAAGUGGGCUGAGGGCUGCAAGCAGAGCGCAGACCCUCCCAGAUACCAGAAGGGCCCCUCGGGAGACAAACCCUAUAAAUGUCCUGAAUGUGGCAAGGUCUUCAGGCGCAACUCCUCUCUUCACAACCAUCACCGAGUCCACACGGGGGAGAUGCCCUACAGAUGUGAUGUGUGUGGGAAGGGGUUCGGAUUUAGGUCCCUUCUUUGUAUUCAUCAGGGAGUGCACACAGGGGAAAAGCCCUACAAAUGUGAGGAGUGUGGGAAGGGCUUUGAUCAGAGCUCCAAUCUUCUUGUCCACCAGAGAGUCCACACUGGCGAGAAGCCCUACAAAUGCAGUGAGUGUGGCAAAUGCUUCAGUUCAAGCUCUGUUCUUCAAGUCCACCGGAGGCUGCACACGGGGGAGAAGCCUUACCGGUGUGGCGAGUGUGGAAAGGGCUUCAGCCAAAGCACACACCUUCACAUUCACCAGAGAGUCCACACAGGGGAGAAGCCCUACACAUGCAACGUGUGCAGAAAGGCUUUUGCCUACAGUUCAGUUCUUCACACUCAUCAGAGAGUUCACACAGGAGAAAAGCCUUAUACAUGUGACGUGUGCGGUAAGGGCUUCAGUUACAGCUCAUAUUUUCACUUACAUCAAAGAGAUCAUACCAGAGAGAAACCGUAUAGGUGUGAUGAGUGUGGUAAGGGCUUCAGUCGUAACUCAUACCUUCUUGCUCACCAGAGAGUGCAUACGGAUGAGAUACACUAUGUGUAUCGUGAGGAUGGCCAGGGCUUUCGUUACAUCUCAGACCUUCUUACUCAUCAAAGACUGCACAAGAGGACGGAAACAUUCUCAAUGUAG